AUGCGAGAGACCAAGCUGCCCCCACAAGAAGACUUUUACAACCAAUUGAAUGAGUCUCACAUAAAGGAUGAGGACUACGAGCACGCCGCCAAAAGGGUAUGGAGGGCCUUCAACAUUAGGACAUUGGGUGGAUAUUCCGAUUUGUAUGUGAAGACUGAUGUACUCAUCCUUGCCGACAUCAUGGAGCACUUUCGAGAUGUCUGUCUAAAGACCUAUAAGUUGGAUCCUGCAUGGUACUUCACCGCACCUGGACUCUCCUGGGAUGCCAUGCUCAAAACCACAGAGGUCGAGUUAGAGCUGUUGACAGACUAUGACAUGAUACUCAUGCUAGAAAAGGGGACCAGAGGAGGUGUCUCUCAGUGUUGUAACCGAUAUGGGAGGGCGAACAACAAGUACAUGAAGGACUAUGACGAGAACAAGAAGUCCAAUUACCUGAUGUACCUUGACGCCAACAACCUUUACGGGUGGGCCAUGAGUCAAUACCUACCGCAUGGUGGCUUCAAGUGGAGCACUGUGUCAGAUGUGACCCAAGUAGCGGAUGACUCAGACACAGGAUACAUCGUCGAUUGCGACCUACAGUACCCAGCCCAUCUGCACAACCUCCAUUCAGACCUACCUCUAGCACCUGAGAGCAGGAUGCCCGAUGGCUCAAAACAACCAAAACUACUGACGACCCUCUAUGACAAAGAACAUUAUGUGGUUCAUUACAGGGUUUUUGAAGCAACUGUUGCAGUUGGGGAUGAAGCUCAAAAAGGUGCACAAAGUGUUGGAGUUUCAGCAGUCUCUCCCUGGUUGAAGAGAUACAUAGACCUGAACACUGAAAUGAGGACCAAGGCAACCAAUAACUUUGAGAAAGACUUCUUCAAACUCAUGAACAACUCGGUCUUUGGCAAGACGAUGGAAAAUAUCAGGAAGCGACUCGAUAUCAGACUAGUAUGUGAUCCCAAGAAAGCGGAGAAGCUCAUUGCUAAGCCCAACUUCAAGGGGAGGACCAUUUUCGACGAAAGGUUAGCCGCCGUGCAUAUGAACAAGACGAAAGUGAUCUUUAAUAAGCCAAUAUACGUCGGCAUGAGUAUAUUAGAUCUAUCGAAGCAUCUGAUGUACGACUUCCAUUAUAAUCUUAUGAAGCCUAAAUACGGGGACGAUAUCAAGCUAUUGUACAUGGACACUGACAGUUACAUCUAUGACAUACAGACCGAGGACUUUUAUGAGGAUAUGAAAGGAAUGAUUGACUACUUUGAUACAUCUGACUAUGCAGAAGGUAACAGGUAUGGAAUACCGCGAGUCAAUAAAAAGGUAUUGGGGAAGAUGAAGGAUGAAAAUGCAGGGAAGAUCUUGGAAGAGUUCGUUGGCUUAAGAUCUAAGAUGUAUGCUUGUAAAACUGAAAAAGAGCUAAUUAAAAAGUCUAAGGGUGUUAAGAAAUGUGUAGUGAAAAAUAGGAUAUCUUUCGGGGACUAUAAAAGCUGUUUGUUCUCACAGGAAGUACAGUACAGGACCAUGAAUCUCAUCAGGAGCACAAAGCAUGAGAUUCAUUCCAUACAAGUGAAUAAGAUUGCCCUAUCAGGAAAAGAUGACAAGCGACACAUAUUGGAGGAUGGUGUUUCAUACUUUGGCCUUAGGACAUUAUGCAAUAAAAAAAUAAACAAAUGUAAACUAUGGGUGGUAUAUAUUAUACAUUUUUUUAAUAGUUUUCGAACUAUUAAAGAAAAAGGGGGUGCUCGCCGAAUGGGGUACCCUUCCGUGUCAGCGACUUUUGCAUGUUCGUCCUAA